AUGAACUCUACCUUGGAUGGUAAUCAGAGCAGCCGCCCUUUUUGCCUCUUGACAUUUGGCUAUUUGGAAACUGUCAAUUUUUGCCUUUUGGAAGUAUUGAUUAUUGUCUUUCUCACCGUAUUGAUUAUUACUGGCAACAUCAUUGUGAUUUUUGUAUUUCACUGUGCACCUUUGUUGAACCACCAUACUACAAGUUAUUUUAUUCAGACUAUGGCAUAUGCUGACCUCUUGGUUGGGGUAAGCUGCUUGGUCCCUUCUUUAUCACUCCUCCACUACUCCCUCCCAGUAGAGGAGUCUUUGACUUGCCAGGCAUUUGGCUUUGUAGUAUCAGUUCUGAAGAGUGUCUCCAUGGCCUCUCUGGCCUGUAUCAGCAUUGAUAGAUAUAUUGCCAUCACUAAACCUUUAACUUAUAAUACUCUGGUUACACCUUGGAGACUACGCCUGUGUAUUUUCCUGAUUUGGCUGUAUUCCACCCUGGUCUUCCUGCCUUCCUUUUUCCACUGGGGCAAACCUGGAUAUCAUGGAGAUGUGUUUCAGUGGUGUGCAGAGUCCUGGCACACCGACCCCUACUUCACCCUGUUCAUCGUGAUGAUGUUGUAUGCCCCAGCAGCCCUCAUUGUGUGCUUCACCUAUUUCAACAUCUUCCGCAUCUGCCAACAGCACACAAAGGAAAUCAGCGAAAGGCAAGCCCGCUUCAGCAACCAGAGUGGGGAGACUGGGGAGGUGCAGAGCUGUUCUGAUAAGCGCUAUGCCAUGGUUCUGUUCCGAAUUACUAGUGUAUUUUACAUCCUCUGGUUGCCAUACAUCAUCUACUUCUUGUUGGAGAGCUCCACUGGUCACAGCAGCCGCUUCGCAUCCUUCUUGACCACCUGGCUUGCUAUUAGUAACAGUUUCUGCAACUGUGUCAUUUAUAGUCUCUCCAACAGUGUCUUCCAAAGGGGACUAAAGCGCCUGUCAGGGGCCAUGUGUACUUCUUGUGCAAGUCAGACCAUAGCUAAGGACCCUUACACAGUUAGGAGCAAAGACCCCCUUAAUGGAUGCCAUAUCUGA